AUGGCCGCUUCCGAGAAGGUUGACCGUGGGCAAGCCACCCAAGAUGCCUCCCCCGUGAUUUUGGAGGGCGCUUCUACCGAUGAUGCGCCUGCUUCGAAAGAUCCGUCAGCCUUCAAAAGUUUCCUGAGAUGUUUCCAAUACGGUUCCCCGACAAUAUAUCUUCUCCAAUCGAUCGCAAUACUCGCGGCCAUUGCAUCUGGGGUCGGCCUGGCCAUGGUCAAUGUCGUCAUGGGGAGAUUUAUCACUCUUCUCGGCGAUGUCUCGGUUUCAGGCACAUCCAAUGGAUUCAUAGAUACCGUCAGCACCACAGCGUUGUACUUUGUCUACAUCGGCAUUGUGCGGUUCGUGUGCACCUAUCUCUAUUCUUCCCUCAUGACCUACAACGCCUACCAUUUCGUGAGGAAUAUUCAACAGGCCUAUCUACGAGCCGCUUUCAGCCAGGAGAUUGGCUUUUACGACACUGGGUCUUCUGGUACUAACUCUGCUGGGUCAGUCUCCAUGCAGGCCACCACCAACGGCAAGCUCAUCCAGAGUGGCAUCGCAGAGAAGCUGGGCCUCUUCAUUCAGGCCAUUUCGACGUUUGUCGCUGCUUUUAUCAUUGCAUUUGUCAGCCAAUGGAAGCUCACGUUCAUCAUCAUCUGCAUCGUCCCUACCCUCCUCAUCGUCGUUGGUGGUGUCUCCAUUUUCGACGCUUUCAUCAACAACGACCUCUUUCGACUGUACGGCCAAGCGGGAAGUUAUGCCGAGAAUGUGCUUGGCGCUACACGCACCAUUCACGCUUUCAGUUUACGGGAGAGGGUUGUUGGCAAGUAUUACUCCUUCUUGCAGGAAGCAUACGACCGAGGCAUGAAGAAGAACAAGCUUUAUGGCGUCAUGUUUGGCGGGCAAUAUUUUGUCAUCUAUUCCGGGAUGGGUCUUGCGUUCUGGCAAGGCUUCGCCAUGAUGGAUAGGGGCGAGGUGCAGGACUUGGGUACAGUGUUCACGGUUUUGCUCUCUGUGGUUAUCGCAGCAACAACGAUGAUGUCCCUGGCGCCUCACACUGUUGCCUUUGGUCGUGCAGCUACUGCAUCGGUGGAACUCUUCAAGCUGAUUGACAGAGAAUCCGAAAUCAAUGCCUUUGACAAUUCGGGGGUGAAGCCGGAACAGAUCACAGGAACCAUCACCAUGGAGGAUGUGUCUUUCAGUUAUCCCACGCGUUCCGAGGUGACGGUUUUGGACAAGUUCAGCUUGACAGUUCCGGCGGGCAAGGUUACGGCUCUUGUAGGACCCAGCGGCUCAGGGAAAAGUACCAUCAUCGGUAUACUUGAGCGAUGGUAUAGCACAUCCGCCGGCAGUGUCAAGUUGGACGGUCGAGAACUCAAGGACGUGAAUCUGAGAUGGCUUCGCACCAAUGUCCGUCUAGUGCAACAGGAACCCGUCCUCUUCAACGGUACCGUCUUCGAUAACAUUUCCAACGGUUUAGUCGGCACCCAGUGGGAAUUCGAUACACGGGAAGAGCAAAUGGAGCGAGUCCAACAGGCGGCCAAGCUCGCAUUCGCACACGACUUUAUCGUUGACCUCCCCGGCGGCUAUGAUGCUCAAAUCGGUGAGCACGGAGGCCUCUUGUCAGGCGGCCAGAAACAGAGGAUUGCGAUUGCGCGAAGUAUUAUCUCCGAACCAAAGGUUCUCCUUCUUGAUGAGGCUACUAGUGCUCUUGAUCCCCACGCCGAAGGCAUCGUGCAGCAGGCUUUGGAUCGCGCAGCACGAGAUCGCACCACCAUCGUCAUUGCACAUAAGCUUGCCACAAUUCGCAACGCUGAUAACAUCGUGGUUCUCUCACAGGGGAAAAUCGCUGAACAAGGGCGACAUGAGGAGCUACUUGCCAUUGAAGGGGUGUAUGCCAACUUAGUCAAGGCCCAAGACCUGGCUCCAGUUGAUGGCAAGGGGGAAGCCCUUGGGAGCUCCUCUGAUGAUGAUGAAUCGACAGAGUUGGUUCUGGAACCCAGCAGGACCCUCAAGAAGCUGCAAACUGCCGAGGCGGAGAAGCUCUUGCUCCUGAGAGAUCGAGAAGACUACGAAAAGAGCCCCAAAAGCGGACUCAUCCGAAAUAUCGCUAGGCUUGUGAGGUCGACGCCACAGCUGGUGCCUUGGUACAUACUGUCACUCUGCACAUGCAUUGGAGGAGCCGCUGUCUAUCCUGGCCAAACCCUUCUCAUGGGUAGAAUCGUGAACCUCCUGGGGUCUGAUGACGUGACGAAGGAAGCCAACUUCAUCUCUCUCAUGUUUUUCAUUUUGGCUAUUGGUUGCCUUGCUGUGUACUUUGUCAUGGGAUGGACAACCAAUAUUGUUGCGCAGACGCUCAACACCUUGAUACGAAAAGAUAUGCUUGAGGCGUUUCUCCGACAAGAUCUCCGUUUCUUCGACCGCCCCGAGAACACCGUCGGUGCCUUGAACAGCCGUCUCGAUGCGCAUCCGCAGUCCAUCUUGGAGCUGAUGGGGAUCAACAUAUCCUUUGUUCUGGUCUCUGCUAUCAGCGUGUUGGCCUGCAGCAUUCUGUCCUUGAUUGUCGCUUGGAAGGUCGGCAUCGUCGGUGUCUUUGCCGGAGUUCCGCCACUCGUCUUUGCAGGAUGGGCCAGAACCCGGCUGGAAACCAGGAUGGACGGAAAGAUGAAUACGGCCUUUUCUCAAAGCGCUUCCAUCGCGUCCGAGACCAUCAUGGCCAUAAGGACCGUCUCUUCUUUGGCAAUCGAAGGUAAAAUCCUUGAGCGGUAUACCAACGAGAUCGAUGGUGCCAUUCGUCGCUGCACACCAUUCCUAUUCCACAUGAUGGUUUGGUUUUCCUUCACGCAAUGCAUGGAGCACUUUGUGCUUGCACUUGGAUUCUGGUGGGGAUCUAAGCUCGUGAAUGAUGGCGAGAUUAAUUUUUACCAGUUCAUGGUUGCGUUUAUGGGUGUUUUCUUUUCUGCCUCGGCGGCAGGUACCAUGUUCAGUUUUGCAGGCAGUUUCACCAAGGCGAAUGAGGCCGUGAACUAUUACUUCUGGCUUUUGGGGCUGCAGCCAACGGUCGACGAACGACAGAACCAAGACAAAGAGCCUGCUAGUGCUUGCUCCAAGUAUGGCUUGGACAAUGUUCAAUUCUCCUACCCUUUGGCUCCGGAUAACAGAAUUGAACGAGGCGAGUUUGUGGCGUUUGUGGGCGCAUCCGGCUGCGGAAAAAGCACCAUGAUUUCCCUCCUAGAGCGCUUUUAUGACCCGACGAGCGGAACCAUCAACAUCGACUCAACUCCACUUACUGACAUCAACCCUGUCUCAUAUCGGCAACAUGUUUCGCUUGUUCAGCAGGAGCCGGCUUUAUUCUCCGGGUCCAUUCGCGACAACAUUUCACAAGGCACACCAUCAAACUCGGUCUCAGAUGCAGACAUUGAGGAAGCAUGUCGCGCCGCCAACGCAUGGGACUUCAUCUCCUCACUGCCAGAGGGACUCAAUACUCCUUGUGGCACGAGGGGAAGUCAGCUUUCCGGAGGUCAAAGACAGCGCAUCGCGAUUGCCAGGGCAUUGAUCCGGAAACCCUGUGUUAUUCUCUUAGAUGAAGCGACGAGCGCCUUGGAUACCGAGUCGGAACGUGUCGUCCAGGCCGCUCUGAUGGAGGCAGCAACUGGGGACAGGAUCACCAUCGCCGUUGCACAUCGUCUAUCGACUAUCCGGCAGGCAACGCGGAUCUACGUCUUCUAUGACGGAAGGGUUUCCGAAGUGGGAUCGCACGAGGAGCUUAUUCGACAGAAUGGGUUAUAUGCCAAGAUGUGCGAAGCCCAAAAGUUGGAUCGUGGGGUAUAG